AUACUAAUUUAAAUGUUUCAAAUAAAAAAAAUAAAAAACUUGUUGAAAAUGAAGCAAGUUAUACCUAUGAUCGUGAUCGCAAACAGAAGAAAACUAUGAAAACUAAUGAAGAGCGAGAAUUACGUCUUGACUAUAGACAUAAUCAGAGGGAAAAAAAGAGAGCUAAGGAAACAGAGGAAGAAAGAAAAAUACGUAUUGAACGCAAACGCAAUCGAAGGCAAAAUAAGCUGAAUGCAGAAAUACCGGAGGAGCGAAAGAAACGUCUUGCACGUGAUCGAAAUAGAAAAAGAAAACAAAUUGCCACAGAAACUACAGAAGAGAGAGAGAUAUAUCUUGAAUGUAGACGUGAUCAAUGGAAAAGAAAAAAAGCAGAAGUCAAUAAUGAACCUACA